CACACGCACACACACACAACAUUGCUGAGAGGGAGAAACAGGUCGAGGCAUCAGCUCUCACAAACUCUUUAAACUUUAAACGUUUAGCCCGAGCGCGGAGGAGCGGAGACCGACGCCGCCCGGAUCCUUGAAGAGCUCUCUGCUCCAUCUUCAGCUGCCUGAGACGUGACCCCAAGAAAGACUCUUAAUGAAUCAGUAUUCGCCGCUCGAUGCCAUGGCGUUCAAUAAUUGUCUCUGAAGGACGGAUCUUCAGGUGUAGUGGAGCAUCGAGGGAGAGUUACAGAGGAAACCUCACGCUGCCGAAGGUCCCCGAGUCUAACAUGGCUCUGAGCGUGUUGGGGGUGUUUCUGGGAUUGCUUCUGGAGGUUUCCACAAACGGGCCGUCCAGCGUUCCCAGGAGCUCGUGGAGGAACGACGAAGUGACUCUGCUGGAGUUCUGGGAGCCGGACGUGUUUAACUACACGACUCUGCUGCUGAGCGAGGAGCGCGGCGUGCUGUACGUCGGCGCUCGAGAAGCCGUCUACCAGCUGGACAUGAGCGACGUCUCCAUCAAGAGCAAGCAGCUGCUGUGGAAAGUCCCGGAGAACGACAUGUCCAUGUGUAUUUUAAAGGGGAAAUCUAAAGAGACGGACUGUCGAAACUACAUCCGGGUUUUGCAAGUGCUGGAUGAAGACACGCUGUAUGUUUGUGGGACUCAUGCGUUUCAACCCCUCUGCGAUUAUCUGUCUCUGCAAAGUUUCCGGCUGCAGGACCGAGCCGAGGACGGCCGGGGGAAGUGCUCGUUCGACCCGGCCCAGAGCUUCACCAGCGUGAUGGUCGAUGGUGAGCUGUACUCGGGGACGGCGUAUAACUUCUUGGGCAGCGAGCCGAUCAUCUCCAGGUCUUCUCUGUCUCAGAGUUUACUCCGAACGGAGUACUCCACGUCCUGGCUGAACGAGCCCAGCUUCGUCUUCGCUGACGUGAUCCGAGAAGGACAGAACAGCCCGGAAGGAGAUGAUGAUAAGAUCUACUACUUCUUCACCGAGGUGUCUGUGGAGUACGAGUUCUUUGGGAAGCUGCUGAUCCCCAGAAUCGCUCGCGUUUGUAAGGGGGAUCUGGGAGGUCAGCGGACGCUGCAGAAGAAGUGGACGUCGUUUCUUAAAGCUAAGCUGGUUUGCUCAAUGCCGGAGCUCAACUUUGUGUUCAACGUGGUUCAUGACGUGUUUAUUCUGAAAGCACCGCACUGGAGAGACACCGUCAUCUACGGGGUCUUCACAUCUCAGUGGGGGAAUGUGGGUCUCUCUGCCGUCUGUGCAUAUAACAUGAGUUCGGUGCACGAGGUUUUCUCCAAAGGGAAGUACAUGCAGAAGGCCACGGUGGAACAGUCCCACACUAAAUGGGUCCGAUUUAAUGGCAUCAGCCCAAGUCCCAGACCUGGAGCCUGCAUCAACAACCUGAACCGCAUGCAGAGCAUCAACUCGUCCCUGCAGCUGCCCGAUAAAACCCUGCAGUUUGUGAAGGACCACCCGCUGCUGGAGGACCCGGUGCUGCCCAUCGGAAACGGCCCGCGUCUCAUCACCAAAGACGUCAACUACACACAGAUCGCCGUCCAGAGAGUGCAGGCCCUCGACGGCAGCGUCCACCACGUCAUCUUCACCGCCACCGACAAAGGUUCGCUUCACAAAUCUCUGGUGUUGGACGGCGAGGUUCACACGGUGGAGGAGAUCCAGCUUCUGAAAGAGAAAGAGCCGAUUAAAACGCUCCUGCUCUCCUCACGCGUGGGCCGGUUCCUGUACGCUGGAUCAGACUCUGGUGUGGUUCAGUCUCCCACAGCGUUCUGUGAGAAGUACCUGUCCUGUGUGGACUGUGUUCUGGCGAGGGACCCGUACUGCGCCUGGGACCCGCGCUCGGCCUCCUGCCUCAAUAUUUUCCAGCAUAACGCUGAUCCACGGACGUUGAUUCAGAGCCUCAAAGGGGAUGCUGGGAUAUGCCCUACAGCGGCUCCUCCGGCGGCGGGCGACUAUCAGCAGGUGCUGGUGAAGCCGGGCGGCUCGGCCGAUCUGCCCUGUCAGGUGCGCUCGAACCUGGCUCAGGUGUUGUGGAAGCAGAACGGCCGGGUCCUGAGCGACACGUCGCGCUUCCUCCUGCUGAGCGAGAGCGGCCUGCUGAUCUACAGCGUGACUCCGGAGGACGCCGGCCGCUACGAGUGCUGGUCCGUGGAAGCGUCGGCGGGACAGAACUUCACCCGUCUGGUGGCGGGAUACUUGCUUCGCCUGGAGCUGCCCGAGAGCGCGCCGUCGACGCCGGCCCGGUCCACGCUCCCGCCGGAGGAAGCUUCCCUGGCUGUCGUUCCUUCCCCCCCGGCCCUGCCCGGCUCCUCCUCUUCCUCUUUCUCCUGGUCUCCGGCCGGGGCUCGUCUGAUUCCUCCUCUGCUGAGGGAGCAGUCCUGGAGCGUUCACCCUCACCAGGCUUUUCUGCUCUUCUGCCUGGCCUUGGGUCCUAGAGAUGUAAGUGUUGAGUGGCACGUAAACGGGCGGAAGCUCGAGACUUGCGUCACUGAAUACAGACACGCCGUAUCCCAUGAUGCCGUGCUGGUGAGCAGCUGGCUGAAGGAGGAGGCUUUGAAUGAAGACGUUCGCUACGAGUGCACGGCGGUGUCUGCGGCGGGACGAGACGCCUCCAGAGCUGAGCUGAGGCUCGACAGCGGAGACGAGGCCCUGGACCGCUGGAGAAGCGCUCUGACCGACCACAACACACUCCUGCAGCAGUGGAAGAAAGCCUGGGAGAGCUGUGACGGACAGGAAGUGCUCUGAAGCGGCUCAUUAUCGCUCAUCGUGGCAUCGUUUGCUGACUGCAGGGACGGACCGUUGUACGAGCGCACGCACGCACGCACACACACACACACACACACACACACACACACACACGCACACAGCACAGAUCAUGUCACACCGGUGGCGUGUGGUGGUUUCUCCGAGUCCGUUCCUGACCCGAGGGCUGUUUGAGAGAUCUGUGGAGGACGAGUGCAGAGAGACGGGCCUCUCGAGCUGAUGACAACUGCUUUUCCUCGACCGUCUGCACACGUCUAUUUAUGCUCCCUCCAUCCUCGAGAGCAAAUGGCCCCCGGCUCAUGUUAGUGAAAGCAGGAUUUGUGUUUAUAAUAGUCAUCGAGUUAUUUAAAGGAUUGCGUGUUUAUCCGAGCGUUAAUAGAAUCCCCAAAAUAGAGGUUGCAUCCACAAUAAAUAGUGAGAAACUAUGUUUUCUAAGCAUUUAUACCAAUAUUAUUUUGAGAUACUAUUAAAGUUUUUAUUUGUAUAUUUUCCAUUGCUAUUAUCACAUUUGUUAGGGUUUUAGAAAGUGUGUGUGUGUGUGUGUGUGUGUGUGUGUGUGUGUGUAUAUUAAUUAAUUUAUUUUAAUUUCGUUAUUAGUUAUGUUAGUACAUCAAGUUAAUCUAAUUUAAAAUAAAUGUUGCCUUAUCAACUGUACGAAAUCGACUGAGAUACUGUCACAGUUUUAUUAUUACUAUUUAUUUUGAAUCCUAUUUUCAGUUUUCAUUUUAUUUUGUGUUAAAAUGUUAGUAUUUUAUACUAUUUAUAUUCGUAUAGUUUUCAUUAUGCUCAACACAUCAGUUUAAUUUUAAAAUCAGGGAGUACAACUGAUUUAGUUAUUUGUGAUUUUAUUUUAUUUCAGGUUUUUUGUAUUUAUUUUAAGUCACAAAAUGGUCGUUUUUACGGCUUUAGUUUUAGUAACGAUAAUGACCAUGCUCAGUGUUGUCGCCAUUUAUCCUCAUCCAAAGGUCAGCGCACGCUUCCCUGAGACCUCUGACCUCUGAGACGACCACAUGACCUUUGAGACAGUGUGACGGCUCUAACCAACCCACACAAUCAACUGCCAAUAAAAGACUCGUAUAUCAAGUCCUGCUGCUUUACCAGCCGAUCCAGACUUCCAUAACACACACAAACCUAUUAAAGUCAUUGUUUAAACCU